UCGUCUGUUCAUCUUUUUCGUCUGCUCUUCUCUAUUUUUUAGUUCAAGUUGAUUAGUUGACGAGAGCGCUGUGGUUACCAGAAAAUACAUUAUACAUGACAUUCGUUUGAAGAUUUGUUUCAAUGCACAACAUGGUCAUAGAAAAGGAAAAUAUGGAGGGUUCUGCUUCCCUUGAAACAGCUAUCCCGAAAAAGCGAGGGAGACCUAAAAAGAUCAAUUUACCUGCCAGCCCAACUUCUCCAGCUUUUCCUGAUGUGAGGGAGGAUGAUGAUCUGUCACUAGUAGUCAAAUCUUCCAAGAGAUUUGUUGAAAAAAUAGUCGCUGAGGAUUCUUUAGUUGGAAAGAGUACCCCUACAAGACGUUCUGGGCGUCCCAGAAAGGGCACUUUACCAGCAACACCAUCUUCACCCUUAUGUUCUGAGAAAGAGGAAGAAAGUGUACUAGCAAAAAGAAAAAUUCUGUCUUCAAAGAAGCACAAAGAAAUUAUAGGUAUAGAGGAUUCUUUAGAGGAAAAUGUCACCCCUAAAAAACGUGGACGACCCAAAAAGGCUGAUUUACCUCCGACUCCAUCUUCACCGUCAUGUUCUGACAAUGGGAGAGAAGGAAAUUUACCGGCAAUCAGGUCGGCUAGGCGGUCCGAGCCACGGCCAAAAUUUCUUGAUCCAUUGCUGGAACCAAGUGCAGAAAAUUGCUCCGAAACACCAGCAAAUAGUAAACGAGGAAGAAAACGGAAAGCCAUGUCACCCGAAGAUGAAAUUACCCCAAAAUCUCCCGUGAAAGUUAAAACCAUACCGAAUGUUGUCUGUGGGGUUUGCAAAAAAGAAAUGCCACAGCCAAACUUCACCUACCAUCGAUACGCUGUACAUUAUGGGUUAGCAAGACUAGAAGGAGCAUCCCAAGUAUUUACGGAAGCCGAAAAAACGCAGCAGUUGAAAAAAACUCUCGAAAAGAUUAAGCGAUUGUCUUGUUCCAAGUGCUCCACCAGCUUUACGACACUGUUGGGUUUUCAGUACCAUCAGAAACGCUGUGGCGUUGAUGCUGCCGAUCUUCAAAACAUGUUGAAUGAGUGUACGAUUUGCGGUAAACGGGUAAUGGCUUUAACGGCGCACAUGAAGGUUCACGAUAAAAAAACAGAAAACGUUGAAAGAAUAAAAGCUGCGACAGCAGUACCAGCUCCAAGUCCAGGAACAAAAUCGAGAAGGGUCGCCGCUCAAAAAGCUGCCUCUCUUUUACGGGAACUCAAGGAAGAUCUUGUGGAUGGACCAACUCAGAAGCCCAUUAGCAAAGCGAUAAAAUUGUUCACGGAACCUUCAAGCAGUAAAGUUACGAACAGUAUUAUUGGAGCUUGGAAAAAACAAAUUGACCAAAAUUCCAUAGCUCAGUGCCGGUACCCCAGCUGUCCUUUUAGCUCGGAUAACAUUGACACAUUAAAGGAACAUCAUGUUCAAUGCGAAAUCGGUUCACGCUCCAAAUGUUUCGCGUGCCUGAAGUGCGAUUUCCGCUCCCAAGAUCGGUCACAAAUUCUAGAACAUGCGCUUAAUACCCAUGUCACAGAAAACGAUGACGCAUUUGAACUGAGUGGAGCUAGUAGCAGCAGCGAAGACACAGAAUACGAUUCGGACGCUGAAGGAGGAAGCGGACGUGACAGUGACACCGAGGACCAAAGACUAAAUAGAAAGAAAAUCGUUCCCCAGAACACAAAGAAUGUAGAGAAAGCCUACGGGUUACAUUGCCAUGAUUUGCAGCAAUUUAAGUCUUUAGUAACAUCACAGCAUAUUCCAGUUUGGCUCGCGAAAUUCCACAAGAAGAAUUUUACGUGGGAAACUUCACUGUACGGGGCCUGGACACCGAAUGUGCAAACCUGCGUGAACCUUCCGCCAAAUUAUUUCCCAUCCAAUGAACAAUCAGUUCCUUUUGCCCGCCGGUUAGUUACUUCGGGAAAUUUAUUUCCGACGAAAAUUGACGUCACUCUGGAACGGCUUUCGAGGUUCCAAAGCAAAUUGCAGAAUGGUACGCCAAUCUUUUUCUGUGGGGGGGCCAUACAAAGUGCAUCUUGGUGCCCGAUGCCUGCAGUCGCAGACGUUGCCACUGUAGACAGAGACCAGUAUCUAGCGUUAUCAAUAUUUCACGAAGAACACCGAUUUAGAAGCGCGUCACAAGCUGCGUUUGCAUCCGAGAACCUUAUACAAAUCUGGAACUGUGGAGCUCUUCACAACGCUAUAUACCCUCUAGUUGCCCCACAUUUAGAAAUUUGUGUCGCACAUAACUAUGGAAGAAUUUGGUCGUUAGUUUGGUGUCCUAGCGGAUGCUACGAAAAGGAAAGACUGGGCCUAUUAGCGGCGGCUUGUUCCGAUGGCACUAUACGUAUCUUCAGUAUUCCAAACACUUCGCUGUCGACCAAAAAGAUUAACGAACCGUCGUUUUUACGUAUUUGCCCUAAUGCCACUCUUCGGUUGAAUACCGCAGAAACGAGCGAAUGCACUUCCCUUGAUUGGGAUUCGACAUCUGGCCACAAGUUCAUCGUAGCCGGGUUCGCUAAUGGUAUUGUUGGGCUCUGGAACUUACAAACAAAAUCUCCUCUUCUUUUGAGGGAAGACGGCCAUUAUCCUGUGUGGUCAUUUUAUGCCCAUUCUACUGUUGUUACUGCCGUGUCACUGUCGCCACACCACAGUGAUGCGCGUUUUAUAGCAACGGCUUCCACUGACCGUACCGUUAAGUUGUGGGAUCGUCAAGACCUUGCUGUACCUAUCAGUUGGAGUAAGCGGUCUCGUGUUACGGAUAUUAAAUGGAGGCGGCAUUGGCCUGGCAUACUUGUAUGCGUUGAAGACGUAUGCGCAUUAUUCCGAUCUUCGUCUGUGUUUUAUGAUUUCGGCUAUACGGGAAAUAAACAAGCACUUCUUCCUCAGAACUCUGUCGUUUGGUCUUCUGCCGAGAACGAAUACCUUGAUGUCAUAGCCCAUUGUACCAGUGCCGGGGAAAUCGUGAUAUAUGCUUCACAUUUGGCCGUGUUCGAUUGUGAUGAGAAGAAACUACGAAAACAAAGAAUUUUGCUAUUACGAACGGAUCUAAUCGAUGCGAGUGCGAAGAAAGACAUUUUCCUCAAUCGGAUGCAAAAGAGCUACUUAGAAAGCUCUAAAAAGGCGCCUGAAAUUAAAACAGAGACCCGAGAAAAUCUUAAUUAUUCGCUUAUCUUUAACGAUGUCACUACACCUAUGAUCCGGACUAUCGGAAAUAGAAAGCAACCUCCUGUGAUUAGCAUCUCUACCGAAAAUAUGGAUGUUCAUAUGCCUUGCCAUGAUCCGUUGACAUCAAUCAAUAAGAUCUCCUUUAAUCCCAACUUGGAAUCACAUGCAUGGAUGUGUGUCUGUGGUGAAAGUGGGUUGGUCCAAUUAUUGAAAAUUAAUUCCCCUUCGAUUUCUAAGGUGACAAAUUGCUAUGUUAAAGAAAUGAAUAGCUGAUACGUUGACAUUUGAAAACAUGACCCGAUAAUCUUAAAAGAAUUCUCAUUGCUUAAAGCAUCUUGUUUUGGACUAUUUUGAAAAAAAAUUACUUUUUUGAGAAAUACAACUCUUUGGUGCAUCACAA